AUGUCCGCUCAGCAAUUGGAGCUCGCGGUGCUGUACGCCUACAACCCUCCCGGUGCUGGGGAGGAGGCGGCUGCUGUGAAGGCCCAGGCAACUCGGUAUUGCGAGGAGGUCAAGGGCAGCCAAGACGGCUGGCGGCUGGCUCUGGAGCUGUUUCGCGUAACCGUUCGUCCGGAGGCCCGGUUCUUCUGCCUGGGCUGCCUCCAGGACGCGCUCGGCGCGCGGGCCGGCGCCCGGAGGAGGGUGGAGUCUCAGCACGACCGGUUUCUCAUCAGAGAGGCGGUCAUGGGUUGGUUGACUCAGGUCGGCGGGGGCGGCGGGGCGGAGCUCGAUGCCCAGGAGACGUUCAUUCGCACCAAGGUCGCCGUAGUCCUGGCCCUUUUAGUGAAGAGCGACUAUCCGGAGACUUGGACGGACGCUUUCGAGCAGCUGCGGUCGGUGCUGGUUGUUGGCAGCAGCAGCAGCGGUGAUGCCGCCGCCGCCGCAACAGGCGCGGGCGGUGGAGGGAGGAGCGCGGCCGCGGCGCGCGCGCACGUGGAGCUGUACCUUCGGGUCCUCUGUGCGCUGGAUGAGGAGGUGGUUAGCUUUCAUGUCGAUCGCUCACGGGAAGAGGCGGACCACAACUCUCUCAUCAAGGACACGAUGCGCGUCUCCAACGCAGUGGCACAAAUCUGCGGCGUGAUCUACGAGGUCGUCGCCGCCUUUGAGACGGAGGUGCCGCAGCUUGCCGCCUUCGCUCUGGAGACGCUUCAAAAGUACAUCGGGUGGAUCGACAUCGCGCAGGUGGUGAACGAGCGGUUCCUCCAGCUGUUCUUGGGGUGCCUCAGGUCGACCGACGAGCAACUCGUCCGCCGGUCGUGCUCCUGCAUCCUCGAGGUCGUCAACAAGAAAAUGGCACACCCCGUGGCGAAGCUGAGGGUGCUGCAGCAGCUCAAGCUGGCGGAGAUGCUCAAGCAGGUGCCGCUUUCCGACGAAGCCAUAGCGGUUAGGGUCGCCGAGCUGGUGGACGGCGUGGUGAAGCAGCUCCUCUCCGUCUGGGACAAGCUCGAGCCCGCCGCUCUGGGGGGGGAGGGCAUCGGGGGGCCCGGUUCGGAGAUCGAGAUGAUGACGACGGCGGCGAUGACUUCCCUUACCUUGCCCCCGGCUUCUGUCCAGCUGCUGUCUCCUGACGCCAACAGUGGGGGGGGGGGGGUCGGCAGGCUAUUUCGGGCGAUGGACCACCUGCCCCAGCUGCUGGCGACGCUGUAUCAGAGGAUGAAAUACCCCCCAGACUUCGCGUUCGACCCAAGCGACGAGGACGAGGGGGAGGAAGACAUGCUGAGGCAGCAGCUGCGCAAGCACCUCGUGAACGCCAUCCGGAACGCUCCCGAGACCGUCCUCGAAUUCAUCUGCCGGGCCCUGUCGUCCCUCCCGACCCCGCUCUCCGGCCUCCCCUUCCCGGACCUGGAGGCCGCGCUUCGCCUCAUCUUUCACUUCGGCGAGGGCUGCGGCGGCGUCAGCGUCUUGAACUCUUCGGGCGGGGGGGGUGGGGUGGGGGGAGGGCGGCGACCGGCUGCUCCCGGCGCGGCAGAGCUGCUGAGGUCCGGCGCGUUCCCGCAGAUGGUGCUCGCGCUGCACGACAGCGACGUGGCGCGGCACAAGCACCCCCAGGUGGUGAUGCUUUACUUCCAGCUGACGGUGAGGUACAGCAAGAUGUUAGCGGACGGACCCCCGCAUCUCAUCCCGAAGGUUCUGGAGGCGAUCUGCGGACCUCAGGGGCUCAGCAACGCGGACGUUACCCUGCGGACGCGGUCGUGCUACUUCUUGACGAAGCUCGUAAAGGCGAUGAAGGAGGGCGUCGUGCCCUACGUCGACGUCAUCGUUCCGGGAGUCCAAGCUCUCCUUGAUUCUCCGCAAGGCAACCCCAUGGACCUGUCGGACGAAGCCAAGCUCAAUCUGUACGAAACCAUCGGCUUCCUGGUGGGAAUGCCCACCGUCCCGGUGCCCAAGCAAGUGCAACUCCUCGACGGCGUUUUGGGGCCCCAGAUGAGGAGAAUUGCCGAAAACCUGCAGCGGGCAGCGUCGGCGGGCGCGGGGGGAGGGGCGGGGCUGGUUGGCGAGGGUGAGAAGGGUGGUGACGAUGCGAUUGGGGCGGAGCUUGCGGCCGGCGUGGGCGCCAUGGCGAACGUUUCGAAGGGUUUCAAGCCGGUGGUUGCGGCGGAGGUGGAGGCGAGGUUUUUUCAGGCGUUGGAGGCGGCGACGUCGGCCCUGAUGUCUUUUCCUCGACACGUGGCUCUCCGGGCCAAGACGAUGUUCCUCGUGCACGGGCUCAUCCCCUGUCUGGGCGAAGGCCUGCUGCGCGCCUUGCCGCUGUCGGCGUUGCUCGUGCUGGUGCAAGAGGGCGACGGCAAGGAUCUGAUGGAGGUUGCCCAGGUCCUGAACCAGCUCACCAUCGAGUACGGCCCGAAGUCAGCCCAGCUCCUUGACGGCGCCCUAAUGCCGUUCAUUCGCCGAACGUACCAGCUCACCCCGGGCGCUGGUUCCACCACCGCGGCGGCCGCCGCCGCUGCCGCAAACGGCGGCGGCGCUCAACAGCAAGCCGGCGGGGAGGGGUCAGAUUCGGGGGGAGACGGGUGGCCGAACGGGACGACGGCAGAGUUGCCAGCCGCCGCGGCAGCGGCAGACGGGGCUGCUGCUACCGGCGGUGGGGCCGGGGCAGCGGGGGCGGAAGCGCAGCAGCUGCUCGCGCACGAGGUGGCCGAGCGAGCGGGGUUCCAGAAGCUGUGCUUCAGCGUGAUUCAGCACGUCUCGUCGAACGGCCUCGCCGGCGUGCUCUCUUCCCCGACAAACGCGCCCCACCUGGACGGGGUGCUUCGGUCGGUGGUCGACGGGCUCUCCGGCGCCGAGGACGCCUCGACAAAGAAGACCUGCCUCUACAUAUUCUCCCUCCUCUUGGGCGGCUUCAACCGCGGUCGAAGCGGGGGAGUUCCCGCGGCCGCCGCCGGGGAGGGUGGUGCUUCCGCCAACGGCCCGGCCGGUGGUGCGGCGGUGGGCGGUGGGACGAAGAAGGGCCUGCGGGCGGCCGCCACGCAACGGCGAGCGCUGUCGGGGAAGGGCGGGGGGCUGUGGACGGGGUCGGGUCCGACGGUGGACAUGGAGCCCGGAGUUCAGUCUGCCGUCACGGCGUUCGUCUGCGAGCGGGCCGUCCCCGCCGCGCUCAAGUGCCUGGUGGACGGUGCGCCGCCGACGGGGCUCGACCUGAGGGACGCGGCCGCCAUGAGCGCCAUCGUGAACAUGGGAGCCUUGCUGAAGGAGGCCAGGGAGGCCAGCGGCGGCUCGGCGAGAUUCGUCGGCGUCGCCGCGCUGGCGUGCAGCUGUACCCCGCAGGUGGCCGAGCAGUUGCAGCUAGCCGUGGAAGGGGCCGCAGAUGGACCCGCCAUAGCGGCCGCUCUCAAGGCUUUCGCGCAGCACAUGAGACCGGUCCGAUGACAUAGGUUUCCUCCCCGGUGCGGGUGGGAGAGGUCCAGUAUACCAACUGGGAGCUGGGAACAGAGCUAUAUGCUUUUAUUACGUUAGCGCACAUCGCUGCGAGGACGCAUGAGCAAGCUGCUGCUUGGACUCCGCGAGACGGCAGGGCUCGAAGUACGAAGGUGGACAGAAUGGACAAGCUGUUAGGUUGGGGGGCAGUCCAGUACGGAGAGUACGUACACUGGAGGCAGUCGACUGUUACAAACCCCGUUGCGCCAGGACGACACGCAGCAGGAGAGACGAGGAGGGAUUCAUGCGCGCUGGUGUCGGGGAUACGAUGGGAUGAGCGAGAGAGAGAGAUAUAUCGUCUUUGAGAGCGACGGAUGGAUGAGUUCCUUUCCAUCUGUAGCGGACUCCUGUACCUAACCGAGUGCCCGAAACACAUGAGCUGGUGAAACUGCUCUAUUUCUUCAACCAUGUGUUGCUCGAGUUUUUGUGCCAGGAAUCCAAAUGCUAAAGUGCCGCUUCCCCGUCCUUCGUUUCGUUCAACAUUUGUCCGUGUGCCUUGAUUGGUAGAAUUAAGUGCUUUACGAAGGUCUCACCUCCUUUCUCGUGCCUCGACACUUGACUUGACUACUAUGCGUUGUGACGUUGCCACACUCAUCUGCCAUGUGCGGUUAGAUCCUGCAGCUGAAAU